GGCCGCUCCGCUUCCGGCGGAAGCGGCUGCAACAAGGGAAACUUUAUUGUUCCCUGCACGACGGCGGCAACGAUGUCGGUCAAUUAUGCAGCAGGGCUAUCGCCGUACGCGGAUAAGGGCAAGUGUGGGCUCCCAGAGAUCUUCGACCCCCCAGAGGAACUGGAGCGGAAGGUGUGGGAGCUGGCAAGGCUGAUGUGGCAGGCCUCCAAUGUGGUGUUUCACACAGGCGCUGGCAUCAGCACCGCCUCAGGCAUCCCUGACUUCAGAGGCCCCCACGGCGUAUGGACCAUGGAAGAGCGUGGCCUGGAACCCAAGUUUGACACCACCUUCGAGAGUGCGCGACCAUCCAAGACACACAUGGCCCUGGUGCAGCUGGAGCGAGUGGGCUUCCUGCACUUCCUGGUCAGCCAGAACGUGGAUGGGCUACACGUGCGCUCUGGCUUCCCCAGGGACAAGCUGGCUGAACUGCACGGGAACAUGUUUGUUGAAGAAUGCGUGAAGUGUAAGACGCAGUAUGUCCGGGACACUGUCGUGGGCACCAUGGGCCUUAAGGCCACUGGCCGACUCUGCACUGUGGCCAAGGCAAGAGGCCUUCGGGCUUGCAGGGGGGAGCUGAGAGACACCAUACUGGACUGGGAGGAUUCCCUGCCUGACCGCGAUUUGGCGCUCGCCGAUGAAGCCAGCAGGAAUGCUGAUCUGUCCAUCACCCUGGGCACCUCCCUGCAAAUCCGCCCCAGUGGGAACCUGCCCCUCACCACCAAGCGCCGGGGAGGCCAGCUGGUCAUCGUAAACCUACAGCCCACCAAACACGACCGUCAUGCUGACCUGCGCAUCCAUGGCUACGUGGACGAUGUCAUGACGCAGCUCAUGAAGCACCUGGGACUGGAGAUUCCCCCGUGGGAUGGACCCUGCGUGCUCGAUAGGGCCUUGCCCCCCCUGCCGCGCCCACCUAUGCCCAAAGAUGAGCCCCUGGCCCAGCUCAAUGGUUCCAUGCAUACAGACCCCAAGCUGGAGCCCUCUGAGGAGCCCCACAUCCAGCAGAAUGACUCUAAACCUGACAUCCCCAAACGGGAAAACACUGAUCACCCCAUCCCCCAAAGGCCCAAAAAGAUGAAGGUGGAAGUGGCCCCCAGCUGACCCUGGUGCUCAGAGGGCGGGACAUCUGCAGAAAUCACAGGUCUUAUUUUGUGUGCAGGGGACUGGUCUCAGAGCCUGUGAUGCUACAGCCUAGCCCUCUUAUUUUCAUUUACAGAAAGCCUCACUACAUUGCCCAGGCUGGCCUGGAACUAGCCAUUCUCCUGCCUCAAACUCCCCCACCCUACAUGAGAGGCCAGGCCUUGCCACCCAGCGCAGCACAGUUCUGUCUUCUUACCCGUCAGUCUGUCUCUGGGUUUGUCUCUGGGUAUCUGUGAGGCGGUCUCUAGGCCCUGGGUCUCAUGUGACCUGUACCUGUGAGGGUCUCUUUGGGACUUGGAGAGGUACCUGGGCUCUGGAACCUCCCACCUUGCUGUGUUUCCGGCUGACUUAGGAUGUUGGGGAAGGGGUGGCCAGAUGCUCCCUGUCACCUCCCACUAUGUCCCAUGCACACCCCAGGCUCUCUUUGGGCCACUUUCUGCCUGUUCAAACAUCUCCAGGGACAUUCUGAUUGCAGAACCCAACCUCUUAGAUACCCCAUAAUGGGGCUAGAGGAGGUUUAUGUGGCCUUCUUCAAGCUGUGGGAGUCAUCAACACAAUAAACACAGUUCCUGUGCUGUA